GAUGACCAGCGUCCUCUCACGAACUCUUUGAGGAUAUUUCAGAACACUGAGCAUCAUGUUACUUUUAUCAGUUAAACCUCGGAAAGCAGGAUGAAUUAAAUGCAAGAAUACGAUUUUAAAGUUAAAUCUGAAGUGAAGUGAAUGAAUUAAUGUCGUGUAAUGGGAUGUACGAGCACCUAGUCAAUACAUGAAUCACUUUGGUUCAAAGUUGUGAUAGAGAUUAUUCAUCAAAGGCGAAUGAGAUAACUCAUCUCUUUCACAGAAGAUGUUAUAAUGGGGGUUUCUCUUUGGAUCCUGCUCGGUUUAAUGCACUACAAUGAGGGAAUUCACGGGUUAAGGUUCACCAAAAGCCCUUCCAACCUCACAGUAACUCAGGGUAACAUGGCCCGUCUGGGUUGUGCCUUUGAGGGCUUGAGUGAACCAGAGAUCGUCUGGAUGAAGGAUGGAGAGAAGCUCUACAGCACUGAUCAGAUGUACAUUACAAUAGAUACACAUCACUGGGAGACCUACCACAGUGUUAAAUCCAUACAGCAGCAGGAUGCUGGGAAGUAUUGGUGUGAGGUAGAAUAUCAAGGCACAGUCAUCUCCUCUGAGCCUGCUUGGAUUACUGUAGCAGGUGUGCCUCAUUUUGUGGUGGAACCCCAGGAUGUGGCAGCAUUUGCAGGGGAGCCUUUUAACCUGACGUGUGCUGCAUCGGGCCCUCCAGAACCUGUGGAGGUGCUGUGGUGGCUGGGGGGUGAACAGAAUGGUGAUUUCAUGUUAUCACCUUCAGUUCUUGUUGUUAAAGGUGUGAAUGACAGUAUAAAGUUUUACUGUGAGGCCAAGAACGCCCGUGGCAUCUCUGUGUCACGCACAGGCACUUUACACAUUAAAGUCCGACCAGAUUCGCCGCUGAAUGUUGAAGUGCAUCAGGUGUCUGAUAAUAACAUAACCCUAACCUGGAGUCCAGGUUUCAAUGGACACUCACACCUUUCUUGCUGCACUAUACAGAUGUCAAAGGGACCUGGAAGGAAGGUGAAACUUCCUGAUCUGUAUGUGGCAGUUCCUCCUUUCCAGCACACGUUUGGUUCACUCAGCAGUUAUUCAAACUACAGUGUGAGAAUCCGGUGUGAUAAUGAGGUGGGCUCUUCCCCGUUCUCUACAUGGGUGGACUUUCACACUCCAGAGGCAGUGCCAUUGGUAGCUCCAAAGAACUUGACCUUUGAACUCACCGAGCAGCAGCUGGCUCUGUCUUGGGCACCACUGGUAGAGGAGGAGCUACAAGGAAGAUUACUGGCAUAUAAAGUACAGUGGAACCAGGGAGGAGAGAGUCAGGAUGCCUUACUGUUCAAGGAAAACUAUGCUCGCCUCUCGGGUGCAGGGCGAUUCUUUAACGCCACCUUCCAGGUUGCAGCAUGCACCAUCGCAGGAUGUGGCCCAUGGAGCCAGCCUAUUCUCGUGAUGCCUGCACCAGCCACACGAGCUCAAUCCCAGAGGGGCCAUGUGUGGGUGGGGCUGCUUUUCGGACUUCUUGUUGUCACCAUGGUGGGACUUUUGCUGACCCUACUGGUACGCAGAAGGGACAAAGAGACACAGUUUGGGUCUGCAUUCACAACUUCAGGUACAGAGGUACUGGUUUCCUUUACAGCUGCAAGGUCCUUCAACAGGCAGUUUCCUGAGCUCCCAGAAUCCACAUUGGACAGUAUAGGAAUCAGCAGUGAAUUGAUGGCCAAGCUACAGGAUGUUCUCAUCUCCGAAAGGCUCUUAACUCUGGGAUGUGUGCUUGGCAAAGGUGAGUUUGGCUCAGUAAGAGAAGCCUUUCUUAAAACGGAGAACAAUUCGGGGAAAAAGGUUGCUGUGAAAGUCCUUAAAAGUGAUAUCAACUCUUCCAGUGACAUUGAGCAAUGUCUAAAAGAGGCUGCCUACAUGAAGGACUUCCAUCAUCCAAAUGUCAUUCAGCUCAUAGGAGUCAGUCUGCAGAGGCGAGCUCAGCAGCAGCUGCCAGUUCCAAUGUUGAUCCUGCCAUUUAUGAAACAUGGAGAUCUACACACUUUCCUUCUCAUGUCUCGCCUCAAAGACAAGCCCUUUACCAUCUCUCUGCAAAUUCUUAUCCAGUUCAUGCUGGAUAUCGCUCAUGGGAUGGAGUAUCUUAGCAGCAAAAACAUCAUCCACCGGGAUUUGGCUGCUCGCAACUGCAUGUUGAACGAAAACAUGACAGUGUGUGUAGCAGACUUUGGCCUCUCUAAGAAAAUCUACAGUGGUGACUACUACAGACAAGGGUCUGUCUCGAAGUUACCUGUGAAGUGGAUCGCUUUGGAGAGCUUGGCAGACAAUGUCUACACAACGCAGAGUGAUGUGUGGGCAUUUGGUGUGACCAUGUGGGAAAUCAUGACUAGAGGCCAGACGCCUUACCCAGGGGUGGAGAACUCUGAAAUCUAUGAGUAUCUUAUCAAAGGAGAAAGACUCAAACAACCUCCAGACUGCCCUGCUGACAUCUAUGAGAUCAUGCACAGCUGCUGGUCUCCUGUCCCAAAGUGCCGCCCUAGUUUCCAGCACCUGAUAGACCAGUUGGAGCUCUUGUGGGCGAAGCUUAGUCCAGCUCCUGUGAAAGAGCUGUUGCUCUAUGUGAAUCUGGAGGAAGAGGAUGAGGAAAAGGCUACUGGGGCAGAGCUUGAUGCAGUGACUUGUAGAAGUGAUGAGCCCUCGUGGGGAGUACCCUGGCAGUGUGAGGGUAUGGAGGAAGAUGAGAAGAACUGGCUAACGGUGUCAUCUGGGGCAGCUCUUGCUAUUGGUGGAGACUACCGGUACAUUAUCGGUCCACACGGUAGCGGUGUUGAUGAAGAGAGCAGAGUUUCUGACGAUGGCCUGUCGGAGGAUAGCAGGGACGAGGAAGAUGAUGUCAUCAUUAAUGUGUGAUUUUUUUUUUAAAAAUGUCCCUAUGCAUCAGUUCUUUGGGGAUGGUAAUGGUCGCACAAGCGGAGAAGGAUUUUGUAAAAGAACAACGAGUGCGUAAAAAUGCUAAGCAUUCGUAAGAAGUUGUACUGGGGAAAUUCCUGGAAUAAUGCUUAAUGCAAAGCACUGUUUUUUCUGGUAAAUCUAGAGGCUUCGAAGUCCUUUUGGACAUACAAUCAGCUGCUAAUGCUUUUUAGAAAAAUUAUAUGUUGACAAAUUUUUGUGGCAAUUGAUAUUCACUUACCAAUGACUGUAGCAAUGCCAGUGUUUCACCUGAUUUAACAUUUAGCGUAAAAUCUGUCAUUUAUGAUGUGUAAAAUACGUUUGUAUGUACUUACAAAAACGUGUACAAACAAGUUUUGUAUUUGUUGGUACCCUGCCAGCAUUACUGUAUUAUUAUUGUUUGUUUUAUACUUGUCAAGUCUCAGUCACCAUAGGGUUCACGCAUGUGGCCCCUCUGACUGAGAAUUGUUUCAAUGAACUGCAUACAAAAUGAGUUACAUUGCAUGAAGAUAUUCCUUUGGAAUUCAAAACACAUACAUACUAUGAGAUGAGCUCAAUCAGACUGUCAUUGAAAUGCUUGUAAUUCAAAGAAUGUUCUGGGUUAAAUACAAAUUAAUCUUUAUUGAAAGCAUCUCAGGUAUGCUGUCAUUUACCACAAAUUUAUUUUAAGCACAACGAAUACCAAAUUAUAGUACUGUAUUAUAACAUGCCAUACCAAUAAAUACCACCAAAUAAACAGGCUUACAAUGAAUACCCAUUGCAAGGACACAAAACAGUGUGAACACCACUUUUUUCUUUUUUUUACAAGCUGGGAAGUCGAAAAUUAUUUUAUGGUAAUCUUAUUUAACCUGGAACAUUCCUCUAAACUGUACAGAAGACCCUUAUCUGAGUAUUCUGAGAAUGGGAUAUCAAGGGACAUUAGGUUUAAUUUAUGCACAUUUUAUUUUGUCUUCUGCUGUUUCCAGUGAUUGUUCCAGACACCAAGCAUCUGUCACUUUACUAACUGUUUUGAACCUAUAGUGGGUUCUUGAAGAGAUGUGUACAUAAUCUGUGAUGUCUCAGUUUACUUUUGUAUUAAGCCAGUUUCUAAAAAUCUGAUUCACAGUAUCUUUUGUAUUUUUGUUAAUCCCUGUACAGCUGAAAGUCAAACUCAGUUUUACAGUGUUAGAUCAUGUUACACUUCUUUCAGUGUUAUUAACUCUUAUAACAGAAGGCUGCCUGCUUAUCUUAAAAUAAUGAAAUGUUCAAUAAAGGUUAUGUUUUUAUUAUAUUAAAUAUCUAUCAUGAAAACAUCAUAACUUGUCAUGCCAACAAAGAGAUUGUUGACAUUGUUUUAUGGUUAGAGCCAUACAGAGAACAGACAUUUGAGUCCAGAAAAAACAAAUCCCAAGCAAAAAGUUUGUUUGCCAAUUGAAGUUUUGCAAAUAACAAAGAGUAUUGCGCAGAAAAGGUAAUGUUUCUGAUCUGUAUGUGCAGUGUUUGAGUGGUGUUUACAACAGUGAACUUGUACAUGUAGAAUUGUCUUGCAGUUUGUUUUAGAAACUGAAUAAUACAUAAUAGAACUAAAAUGUAAAAAUCAUUAAUUUUAUUGGAGGGAGUUGCGUCAGAGGACAAAAUGAAAAUAAAGGUUUUGUGUUGU